AUCCCCCGAGGGUCGCCCGUGCCUAGUGAUCUCGAAAUCGAAAGCAUCGAUAGCCUGAUUUUCACGACGUCUUCUCGGGCAUCAAUGCCGUCGCAUGCUACCAUUCGCGCGCCGGCGGUGACGGGACUUGGUAUGAGAAUUUAGGGGGGACGGACAAGGAUGACGACCAAGGUGAAGGGCCUCCUCAAGGGCCUCAGAUACAUUUCUCAGAUAUUCGACGAUGAUGGGAAGGAACCGGAAAUGAAGAUCGGUUUUCCCACCGAUGUAAAGCACGUUGCUCACAUCGGUUGCGAUGGUGCCUCCGUGAAGAAGAAUUCACCGAGCUGGAUGAAUGAUUUCAAACCAUCAUCGCCGAGGCGGUCGUCAUCCGCCCCUUCGGCCACCGGAGAUGAUGAGAAGGACGGUUCUUCUGACGGGGUUGGCAAAGAGUCAAGCGGAGGAAUUGCCGAGACCCAGAGUUACAAAAGCUCUCCGGCGCCCGAAUCGUCAGAAAUAGCGAAGUCGUCCAGACGCCAUAACCGUUCAUUAUCAUCCGGCGAUGCUGAAUCACCGACCAAGGCCAAGUCGGAGAAACACCGGCUGCCGAGAAAAUCUUCCAAGGGCUCUCACCAAGAACGGGAGGUAUCAGACGCGAGCAGGCCUACCGAACAACGGUCUGUGGAUCCUGCCCCUGCCGAUGCUGUCCCGCCGCAACCGCCUGAUCUGCCCAAGAAAUCAAGGAGGACGAAGCCUAAGGACUCCGGCACGUCCACGAGAUCGUCAUCGAGGCCAUCAAAACCACAAGUCAAAGAGUCAUGCUCUUCUUCCGCCUAUGAGAACGAGUCACCGUCCACAAGAAAUAAACGACACGGUUCUCAGAGAUCAAAUGCAGUUGAAGAGGGGAUGGGAUUGGAGAUGGUCUAGUAUCUUGAUCAUUUCCUAGCUUUUUCAGCUCAUUUGUCGUAAAGUACCAGUUGUAUUCGCCAUAUUAGGGAACCUAAUGAUC